GUCAAUAGAUCCAAGCAGCUCACACGACAUUCUCCCCACUGUAAUUCUCAUUUAAGCUCCGGGUUUUCUUCAAUUUCGAGAUCUUAAUCUGCUUUGAAGGUGCUUUGGCUUGGAGUUAUGUUAAGUCGAGCUCUGGUGUGUGGUACUGAAGUGAUGGAUUUUGCGCUCUAAUUCGAGAUUCAUUGUCGGCGUAGCCGCUAAUGGAGGUAGAAUUUCAGCUGACAUAGUGUUUCUAUAAUUGUGUCGCCACUGUUCAAUUGAAGUCUAGGGUUUCGAGCUGGUGUUAACUGAUAAGGAUCGAAGUUUGAUUCUUGCUUCGCCACUGCUGCCGAAGUUCUACAUUUAGAGUAUCUAGAUGUCUCAGUUAUUGUGUAAGCACAUGUGUUGAAGUGUCGUGCGUAUAAUUUGUCUUGAUUUCAACUCAGUUGAAGUGUAAAGGCAGCAAGAAAGGAAUCAAGGUUGGUCUUGUUGUGAGAAAGGAAUCAAGUCUUAAGGUUGGUUUUGUUGCGAGAAAGGCAGCAAUACAAGGUUAGUUUGUUUCCACACAUGUGAAGAGGAGGUUAUGUGAUCAAUUUGGAGUCAUAGAUUAGCAGGUGAAGAUGCCUCCUUCUCCAGCAUUGAGAUACUCCCCAGGGAGAGAGCUGAGAGGAGAAAACCACAAGCGAGGACGGAGUUUUGAAAGUGGAAUUCUCUUCAGAGAAAAAGAUGACGAUCUUGCUUUGUUCAAUGAAAUGCAGAGCAAAGAAAGGGAAAAUUUCUUGCUUCAGUCAAAAGAUGACUUUGAAGACACAUUUUCUACAAAGUUGAGACACUUUUCAGAUGUCAAGCUUGGAAUCUCUAUUCCUGCUCGAGGAGAGGGUAGUGAACUGCUAAAUGCAGAUGGGGAGAAAAACGACUAUGACUGGUUACUAACUCCCCCUGACACUCCACUUUUUCCCUCAUUGGAUGAUGAGCCACAACUGGCUAACAUUGCACCCAGGGGUAGACCUCAAAGUCAACCUAUUUCCAUAUCAAGAUCAUCAACAAUGGACAAGAGUUAUAGAAGCACUAGGGGCAGUGCUAGUCCAAAUCGUCUAAGCCCAUCUCCUCGAUCGGGGAAUAGUGCAUUCCAGGCAAGGGGUAGGCCAUCAUCGGCACCUCGUACUAGCCCAUCCCCUAGUCUACGAUCCACUACUCCAACAAGGAGACCAUCUACUCCACCUAAUAAAUCUUCCACUCCUGCAACAAGGUCUUCCACACCAAAUUCUCGGAGGUUGAGUGCAGGUGUGACUACAUCGGGGUUAAGAGGAACAUCUCCUGUAAGGACAACUCGAGGGAACUCUGCAUCACCAAAAAUAAGAGCAUGGCAGUCAAACAUCCCUGGCUUCUCCUUAGAUGCACCACCAAAUCUUCGUACUUCUCUGAUUGAUAGGCCAGCUUCAUAUGUGAGGGGUUCCUCACCAGCAUCUAGAAAUGGCCGAGGCAGGCAAUCAAUGUCUCCAACUGCCUCUAGAAGUGUAAGUUCAUUGCAAAGUCAUGAACGGGACAGGUUUAGUUCACACAGUAAAGGUUCCGUGGCAUCAUCUGGCGAUGAUGACAUAGAUUCUGUACAAUCUGUUUCUCUUGGUGGUUCAAACUUCUCAACACCAAGGAGGGUUAGUGCAUUCCCAAAUAACAGGGCUCCAACCUUUAAUAAAAAACCUGCCAGAAUGUUAUCCCCAAGCUCUGCACCAAAACGAUCAUUUGAUUCUGCCCUUCGUCAAAUGGAUCAUUGGAAGAGUCCUCCAAAUAUGUUCAGGCCUCUAUUAUCUAGUGUUCCCAGUACCUCUUUCUAUGUUGGAAAAGGAAGUGCUGCACAUCGUGCUAUGAUAUCAAGGAACUCAUCUGUUACCAGCAGCAGUAAUGCAAGUUCUGACCGAGGUACAAGUUUUCUACUUGAUGCUGAAGGGAGUGACCAGCACCAAGACGAUAUGGCAGGUGAAUGUGGAAAGGGACCUUCUGCAGAUGUUCAAGAAGUUUUUGUCUUUGAUAAGGCUGAUGCUUCAAAUCAAGAUUCUGGACAUGAAAGGCAGGAUAGCCCACGGUAUGUUUAUGUUGAUGACUUUGGUGGAGACCCUGCCAUUGACUGUGACCCUGCUUACUCUCAAGAGUUCAGCCACCAUGGAGUUGAAGAUGAAAUGGGUUCAAGUUCUGAUGCUUUCGGUGACAGGGGUGAUUUCUCAGAAGUUGAUAGUCUUGAAAAUAUGAAAGUUUGUUCCAGAUGUGGUUGCAGGUACCGUUUCAGUGAACCACUGGAAGAGAACAUUGCCCUUUGCCCAGAUUGUAGUAGGCAAAAUGAUAUUCUACCUGUCAACCCCCCUGAGAUGGCAAUAUCAGCUGAAGAGAACUCUCCAGUGCUGUCCAUUAGGCUUUCUGAAGAAAGCAAAUCUUUUUGUGAACUAGAACCGUCAAGUGCUGUAGCUGAUUUGCCCUUGCAAGUUACCAACACAGGUCAGCGUUGGAUUUCACAACAUGAGGAGGAUGCUAAGCAAAGCAAAAAUUACUCUCAAGAAAAUUCUCUAGCAAGGUCUCUAGAGGAGGGAGAUGAACAGAGGCUUGAUUAUCAGCAAGAAAUGGACCAACAUAUUGUGGACCAUUCCUCACCCGAUAGGGGUAUUGGAGCUCAGAAGUUGCAGCUUUGUAAUAACUCUCCAGAGUCGAAGGGAGACGAUUCCUUACUUGACAGCAACAUGCGAAAUCAGCAGUUGCAGCUUUGUAAUAACCCUCUAGAGUCCAAGGGAGACAAUUCCUUACUUGAUGGGGAUACUGGAGGUUGGCAGUUGCAGUUUUGUAACAACCUUCCAGAGUCCAAGGUUUACGCUUCAGAAGUUGCUGGCAUAUCAGUGCUGUUGAAGAAAUCAAGUAGCAGUAAGGGACCUAUUAUUCAAGGUAGGACCUUCACUGCUUCUUCCUUACCUUAUGAAGAUCUGUCUUACACAAGAGAUAGUUCAAGCAGUUGGAGAAGCUCAAUUGGAUUUGGAAGUGCUUCUGCAUCAUCCUCUAUAGACUACAGCUCAUCUAGGCAAACAGAGAUUCGUGUGCAAUGGCAGCAAAGUGGGAGGAAAUCUGACAUGGAGAAUUAUAGAUAUGACAUCAAUGCAAAACCUCAAAGCUUUGGAUCAUCUUUAUCUCGAAGUUCAAGCAAUGCUCACCAAGCUUCAGGUUCAGCACCAAGUACACGUGAAGAGAUUUUCGAAUUAAACAUCAGCAAUUUAAAAACUGAUGAUGUAGAGGAAACUCCUGCAGCAUCUGAAGCAAAUGUGGUAGCUUCAGAAAAUAUGGAAGCAGAUGUCAUUGAUUCCUCUUCCACUGGCACAGAGGUUCCAGGUGAGAUCGUUUUUAAACACAAUGAAAGUAGUAGAACAGCAGUUCCUGCAACCUCAGAACUGUCAAGCAAUGUAGUAAAUGUUCACCCAGAGGAGAAGUUUGCUGUAUCACUUCCUAACUAUGAAGUUCAUGCUCCAUAUGAAGAUGAACAUGAUUUUCCAAACAUUGCUGAGAGUGACUCAGGUCUUGAAACCUCAGCUGUCAUUCCAGAUUCUUCUAUUGAAGAACUAGAUAAGCUGAGUGCUAGUCUUGAUGGCAUGGAUGUUGCAGAGGUUCCCACUCAUAGCUCUUUGGCUACAAUAUCAGAAAUAGAGAUUGAGAAUUGUUGUCAGAGUUCCCCUAGUUCAGAAAUUGUAAGUGUUUCUCCAAAUUCAGAGCAAAACAAAAAUGAACAUGUGGAGUGGUCGGUUCCUACCACUUCAGAUGUGGAUGUUACAGCUUCUGUUGAGGAGCCCAACAACCCAGAUCAUGCAGAUGGCAUUUUAGAAGAUGGAUCAACUGUCGUGGUCGAAUGUCAGGGAGGAAGCAAGAUGAGAAGCCUGACUCUAGAAGAAGCAACAGAUACAAUUCUAUUUUGCAGUUCCAUUGUUCAUGAUCUUGCCUACCAGGCUGCAACAAUAGCGAUUGAGAAGGAAAGUUCAAUGCCAUUGGAAGAUUCUAGACCAACAGUUAUGAUAUUGGGAAAAUCCAAUAUGAAGGACCCUCGUGGGAGAACCGGAGGAAGGCGCACUUCAAAAUCCUUAAAGGCCAAACAGAGGAAGCUAGAAACAGACAAAAAAUCCACAUCUACCAAGAGUGAGAACAAUGAAAACAGUGAUGAGGAAGGCGCACUUCGAAAUUCUUCAAUGCGUAUUGUUGGGCUUCCCAAUAAGGAAGAAGACAGCACAAAGCCUCCAAAGCUGGAAUCCAAGUGCAAUUGCUCAAUAAUGUGACCCUUCUUCUAUUCAUCAUCAUCGGUGCCAUGGUUUGAUCCACCAGCCACCAUUUGACUAGGCUACUCCCUCCUAUCUCUCCAAAGAAAGGGCGGUGAGUGCUUUCUCUGCUUUGUAUCUUAGUAGUUUUUGUGUUUGAAGGGCUGUUUGGAUUUGUUGCCAAUUGAUUUCCUUCACUUCCAGAUUAUUUGUAAGAAACAUGCCAACUGGUGUCAGUUGGGUGACAUAAUUGUAAAGUUCUAAUUAUGCUGAGUAGGUUGAUAGUAAAAAGGCAGUGGAGGUUUGUGCUUGCUCCAUUUCUGUGAGUCUUGUUAGAUGUUAGUUAUUUGCCGUUCGUUGCUGGGGCCUCUGUUGGAGAUAAGUGUGAUUAAAAACCCAAUUCAUUC